AUGGCCAAGGAGGAGUCCUCGUCCUCCGCGCCGGGGCCCUCCGAGCUGCCGCCGCCGGCCGCCGGCAGCGGCAGCGGCGGGGAGACGCCGCGGGGGCGCCGCCGCCGCGCCCCCGGCGACCCGCUCCUCAUCGUCUGCGGCUGCUUCAGCCUCGUCACGGCCGCCACCGCCCUGCUCUGCGUCGCCGUCAACGUCCUCUCCGCCGUCCAGUCCUUCCGCUUCCACGGCGGCGACAUAUUCGGGGGCGUCUUCCGGUGCUACGCGGUGGUCAUCUCGCUCUUCGUAUGCGUCCUCGAGACAGAGUGGGGAUUCAUCAUCAAAUUCUGCAAGGUAUUGGAGUACUGGCCUGCAAGAGGGAUGCUACAGAUAUUUGUUGCUGUCAUGACAAAAGCAUACCCAAACGUUGAUAGGAGCGAUCUGAUUUUGCUUCAGGACAUUGCCAGCUACCUGCUCCUUGCAUGUGGACUGAUCUAUGUAAUCUCGGGGGUAUUGUGUCUUGGCGUGUUAAAGCGUUCGAGGGAGAAGAAAGCAAUAUCACGCGGGCAAGCAGCCAAAGAUCUGGAGGAGCUGGAGAAACGGAGGGAGGAACUUGAGGCACUGCUACUUGCUGAGAGGUCAGAAAUGGUCUGAUGUACCAGACCAUGGCAACUAACCUUUCUCGCUCGGUGUAGAUAGAUUGUUGCUCAUGCUGACUGGAUACCACGUGUUUGGAGUGCUUCUUUUUCCUGUGUUCUGACUUUCGUCUUGGUUUCUGCUGAAUUGGGUUUCCCGUGUGAGUAUUCACGUGGAUGCAUCGAUCGGCAGGGAUUGUGUUGUCUCAGUUUGAGUUAGAUUUAUGUCAAUACAAGUCUCAAUGUACCAUGCUGGCAUGGCAUGUUUUGUUUGUCUUUUGUAAUCUUUCUAAAAUGUGGAUGUUCCUUGAUGUGGAUGUUGUAUAAUUUGCUGUAAUUUCAAUAAAAGAGGGUGUUCAUGCUUGGUUAACCUA